UUCUUUGUGGCUCUUGUGCGCUCUUGUACGUCUUGUACUUGGUGUAAUAAUUGUUGGGGCGGUCGGGACUUCUGUGGUCGAUACUGAUGGUACUGGUCGUCCUGGUCGUCCUGGUGGUUAUCGUCGGCCGUCGGUGCCUGUCCGGAUAGUUAAUUGGUCAAGUGGCCAAGUUUAAGUGUAGGUUGGAAUGUUUGUUGUAGUUUUGUAACGCACUGAAUUAGGAGAAGAUAGUAGCAGUAGUAACAGCGUGUACAGCAAGACUAUGAAUUCUGAAGACGGUAAUUAAAAAAUGCUUCUUCUGUGAGUGAAAUUAGAACGAAGGAAGACCAAUUAAAAUAUAUCGUGCUUAUGUACUAUUAAGAAUACGCAGAAACGCAUCUUGAGCAAGAGGAAACACCUGCCAGCCCAGUGGAGCAGGAGAAGGAAGGAGAUAGUGACAGUGAAAAUGGGGAAUCACACACCAUGGCAAUAAAUGAAGCAUCCUCUCCCAUGAGUACCAAUGAAGAUGACAAGAUGUCUGUUCGACGCAGUGAAUCACGAGCAUCAAAAUCUCCAAGUGGAACCAGAUCACAAUCACAGUCAUCAACAGGAAAACAGUUGGGAGGAUCUCGGUCACGUUCCAGGUCGGGGUCAAGAUCGAAAGCAGCCUCUAGAUCAUGUUCUCAAUCACCAUCCAAAGAGUGUUCAAGAUCUCGGUCAAGAUCUCGUUCAAGGUCAUUGGAAGGUUCAAACUCAAGAUCUAGAUCAAGGUCACAUGCUGGUUCCAGAUCAAGAUCACGAUCAAGAUCUUGGUCUGAUGUAGGUUCCAGAUCACGAUCAGGAUCAAGAUCCAAAGCUGCAUCUACCUCAAGUUCGAGAUCAGGAUCAAGAUAUAAAGGUGGUUCAAGAUCAGGAUCAGAAGAUAAACCUGCAUGCAGCUCAAGAUCCAGGACAAGCUUAAGAGAUAAAGCUGCCUCUAGGUCAAAGUCUAGGUCAGGUUCACGAGAAAAAGUUGCUUUUAGAUCUAGAUCUAGAUCAGAAGAUAAUGCCACUUCUUUAUCAGGAUCAAGAGCCAAUUCUAGAUCAAGAUCUAGAUCAGGAUCAAAAGAUAAGGGUGUUUCUAGGUCAAGAUCUAGAUCAGGGUCGAGAGAUAAUGCCACUUCUAGGUCAAGGUCUAGAUCAGGAUCAAGGUCUAAAGGUGGCUCAAGAUCAAGGUCUGGUUCAAAAUCAAAGGCUGGAUCCAGUUCAAGAUCUAGAUCAAGAUCAAGAUCAAAAAGUGCAUCUAGAUCAAGAUCUGGAUCCCAUGCACAAUCCAGGUCAAGGUCAAGAUCUGGAUCAAGAUCAAGGUCUGGUUCCCCAGUUGCAGAAGCAGGAUCAAGUAGCCCAGUGAUGAGAGAUCAUAAGAAGAAUCAUGUGGACGAUUCUGAUGAUGAAGUAGAAGAACGGCGCUCUGUUGUAGACAGUGAUAAUGACUCAGAGCAUGUGGGUGGCAACAAGCACAGCAGAGAUGGUGAGAAAGUGGAAGAUGAUAAGGAUGAUGCAGAGAAGGACAAUGAUGAAGAUAAUGUCAAGUCAAGUGCCCAUAAGAAGUCUCAGCUGUCAGAUUCUGAGGAGGAAGGGGAGGAGGAGGAUGAGAAGAUAAGACCUUCUUUGUCAGACAGUGAAGGAGAUGAGGCACAGAGCAAGAAGAGAAACAAGCAGUCACAUGUGUUGUCAGACUCUGAAAGUGACAGGGAAGGAAAUGAUGUUAGCGGAAAAAAUAAGAAAGUGAGGAUCACGUCUGACUCUGAAGAUGAGGUUAGCGCACAUGGUGGAGAGAAGAAGAGUGGGGAUGAAGCAGAGGAUGCUAAGCCUCAGGAAGAGGCACAUCAACAGGGGGCAGCAGAGGUGGAAAGUCAGUCUGAAGGGGGUGUGGUGGUCCCAGAGGUGUCUGACAGCGACUCUGAGUCUGAGAUAAACAAGGACAGAGUGGGGUUUGAUCAGGUGUCUGACUUUGAAAUCAUGCUGAUGAAAAAGAAGGAAAUGUCAAAGAAGCGGAAACGGAAAGCUGACAUAGAUAUUAUCAAUGAUAAUGAUGACAUCAUUGAUCAGCUUCUGGCAGACAUGAGGCAUGCAGCUGAGGAGGAUCGGCGACUGAAUCAGCUGCAAAAGCCUGCAACAAACAAGAUUGCUAUGCUGCCAAAAGUAAUGUCCCAACUUAAGAAGCAUGACCUGCAGCUUGCUUUCCUCGAACACAAUGUGUUGAGUGUACUGACUGACUGGCUUGCCCCAAUGCCUGACCGCAGUAUGCCUAGCCUCAAGAUCCGGGACAACAUCCUGAAACUGCUGUGGGAGUUCCCAGGAAUCACUCAGGAGACACUGAAGGCAUCUGGCAUAGGGAAGGCAAUCAUGUAUCUGUACAAGCAUCCUAAGGAGACAAAAGAAAACAAGGAACGGGCUGGCAAACUCAUCAAUGAGUGGGCUCGCCCUAUAUUCAACGUGUCCACUGACUUCAAAGCUAUGACCAAAGAGGAGAGGGUGCAGCGUGAUUUGGAGCAGAUGCCAAAGAAGCGAUGCACCUCAGAUGAGGAGGAGCGUCAGGCCAAACAGGAUAUCACUAAGGUUCUGACAUCUGGAGAGGCAGAUGGCAAGCCACUGCGUCCAGGAGACAAGGGCUGGGUGGCAAGGGCCCGUGUCCCACGACCUUCUAACAAGGAUUACGUGGUACGACCCAAAUGGGAGAAUGAAACAGACAUCAGCAGGUCAACAAAGAAGCAGAUGAAUCGUUUUGAGAAGCACAUGAAGAACUACAUGGACAGCAAACGCAUGAAACAGGCAAGGCGAGCUGUAACAAUAUCAAUUGAAGGCCGCAACAUGGCUCUUUGAGGAGUACAGCCAUUGUAAAUAUUUUAAAAACUCUAUGUGAGAAUUGUAAUUUUGUUUUGCUGUAUUACAUUUGAAACUAGAGUACAUUUGUAAUCUACAGUGUAGUACAUCAGCAGGACAUGCUGCUUUCUAGCAGUUUAAUAUAGAAUCCAAAUGUCUUACAUUAAUUGCGUAGGCAAAUGCUUUACAAGCAUAUCACUGUUUGCCAUUAAUUCAGUAUUUCGGAAGUUUAAAUAAAGUGUAUUUUGAAAUGAUGGAAA